AUGACCAACUCCAACUCCGAUUCCAACAACGACAUGAAAAGCACAUCUGCGCUGAGCGAUUUGCUCCCUUCGUUUAAAACUCCGGGUGUACAAAAUAUCGAAGCGGCAUGUUCCCGCGCCGGAGCGAGUAAUAAUCAUACGCCCGGCUACGCAUCCACGCUCGGCUCGCAGUCGCAGAAACCGGGGAGUGAGGUGGCGCAGGGGGUGGGGAGUGAGAAGUUUAGUGAGGGGAUUAGUGAUCAGAGGGUUGAGCCCUCUGCUGUGGGAAAACUAUUCAAUAAUUUAAUUAAUGGUACGGAUAAAUCGAAGUGA